GCUAUUAAUUGAGUGACAAUAAGAGCGCGAGUGUAUGUGUUGUUUUGAUUUCCCCAAUUCAACGCCCAACUUAGUGAUGAGUGUCGACGUUACACGUUUUCCCUCUUUUCUUUUCAUUCUCUCUCUUUCUCGUUUUCCUGUUUAGAUCUUAACUUUCCUCUUCCUCAUCUUCACAGAGGAAUAGGUUUUGGUUGUUUCGAUGGCUGCUCCACCUGCCAGAGCUCGUGCUGAUUACGAUUAUCUCAUUAAACUUCUCCUAAUCGGUGAUAGCGGUGUUGGUAAAAGUUGUCUUUUAUUGCGUUUCUCUGAUGGGUCUUUUACAACUAGUUUUAUCACAACCAUUGGCAUUGACUUCAAAAUAAGGACAAUUGAGCUUGAUGGAAAGCGAAUCAAAUUGCAAAUAUGGGACACAGCCGGUCAAGAGCGGUUUCGAACUAUCACAACUGCUUACUACCGUGGAGCCAUGGGUAUUUUGCUUGUAUAUGACGUUACUGACGAGUCUUCUUUUAACAAUAUCAGGAAUUGGAUUCGUAACAUUGAGCAGCAUGCUUCUGACAAUGUUAACAAGAUAUUGGUGGGCAACAAAGCUGACAUGGAUGAAAGCAAACGGGCUGUGCCAACUUCUAAGGGCCAAGCGCUUGCAGAUGAAUAUGGUAUCAAGUUUUUUGAGACUAGUGCUAAAACAAAUUUGAAUGUGGAGGAGGUUUUCUUUUCAAUAGCCCGGGACAUCAAACAAAGACUUGCAGAUACUGACUCAAAAUCUGAGCCCCAGACAAUCAAGAUUAACCAACCAGACCAGGGAGCAGGGGCUGCCCAAGCCGCCCAAAAAUCUGCAUGUUGUGGUUCUUAAUGGGAAGCUUGAGGGCGUACAUUUGACUUAGAAAUUUAAUUUUGUCAACGACUCUGUCAUUAAUGCAUGUAUGAUUCAUGUUAUUUUACAGUUGCUACUCAUUGGGUGUGAAUGGUAGAUUUUUUGUAUGUCGGGAAAUUAAUCACGUCAAUUUGUUGUUUGCUUAAACCCACUCUUUUUCAGGAGCUUGGUCAUGCACAUCGUGCCUUUCUUGAAGCCAAUAAGGCUCAAAGCAGGAACCACACCAUAUUUGGCUUA